GGUAAGGAGGUGGUCUCCAGCGUGUUCAGACCUAGAGCUGUGGUCCCUGCCCCCUGGAGGAGGAGGAGCCUCACUAACCCCUCCCCCUCCCGCUGCCGCCCGCCCUCUCCAGGCUGCGGGGCGUGGCGGGCGUGGCCGGUGGGCGUCGCCCUCUGACAGCGACCUGGAGGUGGAGUCCAGCUUCUCCAGCCUGGACCUCCCUCGGGCCUCCUCCACCUCCACCCUGGGGCUGCCGGCCCCCGGGGGGCCCCACCAGGGUGGGGGCGGGGGGGAACGGGCGGGGAGUGCCUCCCCCACCCUCUCCUUCAGGGAGGAGGUCGAGAUCCUGUCCCCCGGGGAUGCGCGGCGGGGCGGGGGGCCCCGAGGCGGCGGCCCCCCCAAGAGCAUCCUGAAGCGGCCUGGCGCUCGCGGCAGAAAGUCCCGGUCGGCCGAGGUGCUGGACCAGAGCCGGGCCCCGGGGCGCGGCCGGGCCCCCGCCACCCGGUCCAAGAGCCGGUCCCUGGAACGGACGGACCUCCGCCGCGAGAGGAGGGCCUCACUGCCGGGCCCCCCCCCCCCCUCCUCCUCUUCCGGCGGCGUUGUCCCCGGCGACUGGAACUGGAGGCUGGGGGCUCUGGAGGAGAAGGUGAAGUUCUCGGGCUUCCUGGACGACAUCACCUGCAGCGUGCUAAGCCCCGCCCACUUGGAGCUGCUGGGCAGGAAGCAGCCGUCGCCGGAGAGGCGGGGCCGGGGCUGGAGCCAGGGGCCCAGGCGGUCAGGGGCGGGGGGGGGGAGGCAGGGGCCGGCGGGCCAGCGGCCGUGGGACGGAUGGGUGUCGCCUCUGCACCGCGAGCCCUGCCCCGAACAACAAGCCACGCCCACUCCCUGUCAAAGCCAGUACGGAGGGGAGGGGCCUCGAAAACACAGGGCGUGGCCUAAAGAAGAGGCUCUGGACCCGGGUCCACAGGCCGAGAGACGAGGAGGGCGGAGAGACCCGGAACACGCGGGGCGGGGCCAGCGCCCGCAGCAGGAAGUACCGGUGCCACACAGGAAGUCGGGGGGCAUACCUUGUCCUCCGACACCUCACAUGGAUCAGAAGACGGACCCUAGCGUCUCUAACUUAUCCCAGAUCAAGGAGGCGCUGUCGGACGCAGACAGGAUCAGAAUCCUCCAGCUGCAGAAUGAGGAGCUGCGUCGCUGCAUGUCUCAUGGCAACCACAAGAUGGAGUCCAUGGAGGUGGAGUUUGAGAACAGCCGUCACUACAUGCAGACGGAGCUCAGUCGCACCCAGGACGACCUGGACAAGAUGAGGGACAAGUUCAGGAGACUCCAGAACAGUUACACAGCGUCCCAGCGAGCCAAUCAGGAUCUAGAAGAGAAGCUCCACGCCCUGGCCACCGUCAGCCAGACCUGGGUCCAUGCACUGCGGAAGGUGGAGCGGGACAAGAAGACCAUGGACCAGGAGAUUGUGGAGCUCACCAACAAGCUGCUGGAUGCCAAGAACACCGUCAACCGCCUGGAGGAGCUCAACGAGCGCUACAGACAGGACUGUAACCUGGCCGUCCAGCUGCUCAAGUGCAACAAAUCUCACUUCAGGAACCACAAGUUCUCUGACCUCCCGUCGGAGCUGCAGGUCAUGGUCCAGAGGCACAUGAAGAGCAGCCUCCCGGAGGGGGGGGGGCCCUCGUCCCUGGGCCCCCAGGAGCCCGACACCCUGAGCCUGACGCCGGCCGACGUGGUGCCCACCUCGGUCAUCGCCCGCGUGCUGGAGAAGCCCGAGCCGCUGCUGCUCAACUCGGCGCAGUCCUGCAGCGCCACGCGGCCCGCCUCCGAGGACGUGUUCGUCCACGUGGACAUGACGGGCCCCGGGGCCCCGCGGCCCAACGGGGGGGCCCCCGGGGGCCAGCACAACGGCUCGGCCGGCCGGCGCCCCGAGACCCCCCUCACCCCCGGCGGCGGCGAGGAGGGGGGCGGCGCGGGGGGGCGGGGCGGUAACUCCUCCUCCUCGUCCUCGUCGUUCGAGAAGCUGAGCCCCUACCCGGCGCCGCCCCCGCCCCACCACCCCCACCCGCUGUACCCCGGCCGCAAGGUCAUCGAGUUCACCUCCGACGACAAGGUGAAGAUCCCCAAGAACUCGCCGCUGCCCAACUGCACCUACGCCACGCGCCAGGCCAUCUCCCUCAGCCUGGUGCAGGCCGACGCCCCCCCCAGCCCCGCCCACUCCGACUCCGGCUGGCGCUCGGCCGCCUCCUCCUCCUCCUCGCCGCCGCCACCGCCGCGCCCGCCCGCGGCGGCGGCCCCGGGCCCCCUCUCCGGGGGGUCCAGCCCCUUCAGCUCGCCGCCCCAGCCCCCCAGCUCGGCCAGCUCGGAGGAGGACCUGCUCCUCAGCUGGCAGCGCAUGUUCGUCCAGAAGGAGGCGCCGCCGGCCGCGCUGCAGCACCGCACCUCCUUCAGCCGCGACUCGGCCCGCCAGCUGGGCCUGGGCGGGGCCUCGGGCGGGGGCGGGGCCGCCGAGCGCCAGCGGGGGGGCGUGGCCGCGUACUCGGACGGCGAGGAGGGGUCGUCGGCGCCCAGCUGGACGGCGAGCCGCGAGUCGAGUCUGGACACGGACAGCAGCAGCGUGGCGGACCCCCGGCCCGGCAGGGGGCACCCCCCCCCGCCGCCCCCGGCCGGCCUGGACCCCCGGGGAGACCCCCCGCACACGCCCCAUGACGCCGCCGCCGCCGUCGCUAUGGCGACCCACGGGGAGCCGCUGACCCCGACGCCGGCGCCCGUGAUGCAGCGCGAGGAGUCGACUCAGGAGGAGGAGGAGGAGGGGGAGGAUGAAGGGGAGGGGGAGGAGGAAGAGGGGGGGUCGGUGGGGAGCUGGGCGGAGGAGCGGGACGUCCUUCCCUGCGACCUCCCCGUCAUCACCCCCACCCGCCACCUGGAGUACCCCCCUGACCACGCCCCCCCGCCCCCGCCCGCCCCGGGCUACACCCCCCCGGGGCGGGGCCAGAAGAACCCCAAGAGGAUGGGGGUGCACCACCUGCACCGCAAGGACAGCCUGACCCGCGCCCAGGAGCAAGGCACCCUGCUGGACUAGAACCCUCAACCCCCCUCGACUGACUGCUGGCUCCCCUCCUGGUUUCUAUGACGACCAUCCAGACUCCUCCCACCGCCCCCAUCCAGGAAAUAGCCAUACUGCCGUAUGCUGCCGGCUCCUGCACACACACACACACACACACACACACACACACACACACACACACACACACACACACACACACACACACACACACACACACACACACACACACACACACACACACACACACACACACACACACUCUCUCUCACUACGACUCUUUCAGUGCCUAUCUCUGUCUGGGUGGAGGGGGGUGGGGUGUUGUUGCUCCGCCCCCUCUCUCCUAUUGGUCAGCCCUCAACAGAAUGUUCCGAGCAACAUGGCGCCACCAGAACCCGUCUCCCCCCUCCCUCCCCCACAAACUGUCGCCCUCAUGGGGAGGUGAUGUCAUAGUAUUGAUUUAUUAUCGUUUUCCAUUGAUGAUCCAGUGUUGUUAUUAGUGUAGUUCUUCGGUUUCUCAUCGUGUCUUUUUUGCGUUUAAGAUUUAACUUUAGCUCCGGCCAUCGCUGGUGAUGUCAUGGAUGCUCCGCGCGUCACGUCACUCAUCGAUCGGUCAGGUUCUGGAUCGAUCACAUCUAUUGAUCGGGGCUGUCCUGUGACCUGGACGUGAUUCAUGUCCACACACACACACACACACACACACACACACACACACACACACACACACACACACACACACACACACACACACACACACACACACACACACACACACACACACACACACACACACACUCUAUUACAUUAU